AUGUGUCCUCUAUCACACAGUGAUUUGCAGAAGAUUUUUGAGAAGGUGGACAUGGAUGGAGAUGGAUUUUUGAGCCUUGAGGAGCUGAACAUGCUGCUAGAGAAGACGGGCUUCAACUACAGCAUCAAGGAGUUGGAGUCUCUUGUGGGAAAGAAGAGCCUUGACUUGAGUGAAUUUUUGUUCUUUUAUGAAUCUAUGUUGAAGCAGGGCAAUGGGGAGGAAGAAGGAGGUGAUGAUGGUGAUGAGAUUGAGAAGGUGGAGAGGGACCUUGUGAAGGCUUUCAAGGUGUUUGAUUUGGAUGGUGAUGGGUUCAUCACAAGCCAAGAACUUGAGUGUGUGUUGAAGAAGCUUGGCAUGUGGGAUGAAGGGUGUGGGAAGGAUAGCACAACCAUGAUAUGCUCUUAUGACACUAAUUUUGAUGGCAAACUUGAUUUUCAAGAAUUCAAGGACAUGAUGCUACUUACUACUUCCUGA